AAGACUUGAAAUAUCCACAUAAUAUUACAUUUACAUUUAUUUAUUUCAAUUAUUUUGACCUCUGUGACUAUGUGAACCCACUUAAACAGCUGAAACCCAUAAACAUAAAAUGCGUAAGUGAGAGGAGGUCAGAUUCUUAUCUGUUCUGUGUAAAUUCAGAUUUUUUUUUUUCGUCACUAACAUUGCCCAGAAAACAGAAGUGAGAAGUUGCAUUUGGCAACAAGGGACGAAAGGCACUUUCAAGUUAUUUCUUCUCCGUCAAGACAUAGCGAAAAGUAACCAGCAUGGCUGUGGAUUAUGUUGACUAUGACGAUUACACUGCAGACAAUGACACCAAGAAUAACAACACCCCAACUGGAAUACUGCCUUUCAAUAGUUCUCAGUCUUCUUUGAAUCAUGUUCUAGUGACGGUCAAUAUCAUUAUAUCUGUUAUUGGCCUUGGAGGAAAUUCAUUAGUGAUCUGGAUUUGUGGAUGGAAAAUGAAAAGAACAGUCAUCACCACCUGGUACAUCAGUCUGGCCAUUUCAGACUUUUUGUUCUGUGCCUUCUUGCCCCUGGAAGUGUUCUACAUGAUCACCUCACACUGGCCUUUUGGACUGUUCUUGUGCAAGCUCACCUCCUCAGCCCUGUUUCUCAACAUGUACAGCUGUGUGUUUCUGUUGGUUCUCAUCAGCGCUGAUCGCUGUUUAAUGAUUUCAUUUCCUGUGUGGUCACAUAACCACCGGACAGUGCGAAAAGCAUUUGGAGUUGUUGUCUUCAUGUGGGUCCUUUCUGCACUCCUAACGUUGCCCUCGCUGAUCUUCAGACAAACCACAGUCCACGGCUCAGUCACUCAGUGCCACACCAGUUACGUGAACCAUUCCAGACACAAGGCAGUGGUUCUGACUCGAUUCGUCUUCGGGUUCCUGAUUCCCUUCCUAAUGAUUGUGUUCUGCAGCUCGGUGCUCUGUGUGAAGCUGAGAAGUUUGACUAUCAAGUCAACAAAGCCUUACAAAAUCAUGGCGGCACUCAUCUUGUCAUUUUUCUUGUGCUGGGUCCCCUAUCAUAGCUUUGUUCUUUUAGAGUCAGACUUGACAAAUCACAGCCUGGAAGUACUUACAACUGGCCUGAAGGUGGGGGCCACCCUGGCUGCAGCAAACAGCUUCAUAUCACCAGUUCUCUAUGUGUUCAUUGGUAAUGACUUUAAACAAAUCCUAAAGCGGUCUUUGACAUCAAGGAUUGAGGAGGCAAUGGCAGAGGAUUUCCGUACAGGUCACUCAAAGUCUAAGUCAAUGGAAAUGAUCUGAAAUCAAGUUAAAACUUUUGCCAUCAAUGACAAGGAGUAUUUCACAGUACAGAACAUGAUUAUAGAGCUGGGUGAUAUUGACAAAAUCAUAUGUCAUGGCAUGUUUUACCUUAGAUGUGUUUUUUAUAAUGAUGAUAAAAUCUCAAUUUUUACACAAUAUCAAAUUUGCAUGACACAGUGUUGUUGAUCAGCUAUGAAUUAGCCACUGACAUUAAUUCUUGUGUCUUUCAACUUAAAAAAAAAAUGAUAUGUAUGAGUCUGAAUAAAUUGCUUGUGUGUUGUUAUGUUUGCAUAUCAGUUUGCUUCAAAUUGCCCCUUGCAGGACGAAUAAAGUAUUUUGAAUUGUAUUAAAUUAAUAAUUAACGAUAUAUUAUAAUUUGGUUGAGCUGACUGUA